AUGUCAUACCUGAAGUUCCCAGCUCAAUGGCCCAAGUUUACACCAAAGGAGAAAUUGGCCGAAUUCUUUGAAGCUUAUGCUACGCUUUUGGGAUUGAAUGUAUGGGUGAAGACAAGAGUCAUGUCAACCUCUUGGAAUGACGAUAGACAAGAAUGGACCGUUGUCUUGCAGCGGAGAUUAGAAGACGGCACCAUCGAGAUGCGUACGUUCCAUCCGGCCCAUAUCAUCCAAGCAACGGGCCACGUGGGUCCGAAGCACAUGCCAGUCAUCAAAGGGAUGGAAUGCUUUAGAGGAAACGUCGCUCACAGCUCCGAGUUUGCAUGUGCCACGCCAAAUAGUCAUGGCAAAAAGGUUGUCGUGGUCGGGUCAAGCAACUCGGCCCACGAUAUCGCUCAGGAUUUCUAUGAGCAAGGCUACAAUGUCACAAUGGUCCAACGAAGCUCGACCCUGGUCAUUUCCUCCAAGUUCAGAAACACGGAAGGCCUAAAAGGCCUUUACGCGGAGGGUGGACCACCAACAGAAGACGCCGAUCUCCUGGUAUGGGGUCUGCCGAUGGAACUUUUCAAGACCCAGCAAAGAAAGGUGUGUGAAUUGCAGAACAAGCACGAUGCAGAGCUCCUAGAUGGCCUAACCCGGGUCGGAUUCAAGUUGGAUCGUGGAGUAGACGAGACCGGCUACAUGAUGAAGUACUUGCAUCGUGGAGGUGGCUACUAUGUCGACGGCGCCGAGGUUUCCGAAAUCCUUCCUCACGAAAUCCUAUUUUCGGAUGGUACUCGAUUGACAGCCGACGAGAUUGUGCUUGCCACAGGCUUCCAGAACAUACGGACACAGACGCGAGUCAUCUUUGGUGACCACGUCGCCGACCGUGUGGAAGACAUGUGGGGAUUUGACCAAGAAGGCGAGCUUCGAACAAUCUGGAGGCGAACCGGUCACCCUGGGUUCUGGUAUAUGGGAACCAACUUCGCUUAUUGCUGCUACUUCUCUCGGAUUGUCGCUUUGCAGAUCAAAGCCAUCCAGGAGGGAAUCACGCACUGGUGA